AAGUCGUCUUUAUGUGAUGCAAAUUCAAAUAAAUAUUUAUGCUUCGCCAACGAUUUGUUCUCCGCUCGGUUUUUGCUCGGCGAAUUCAGCCGUUUCUUAAUAACGUUAGGUGGGGGGGCGAACGUCCACAACGUCAGGAAGGCCAUCAACAACUCCGAGCACGAAGGGAGCGCUUAGGACUCGCCCGGUGAUCCGCAAAACCUUCGACGUCCGCGCCGGUGUGAAACGAGCCGUCCGACGCCGAAAACGCGUUUCUUCGCGCGCCCGUCCCGCUCGCGCUCCUCGGCUGUCACCGACGCGCAAACGCGCUUUUAGGAGAGCGUUUGCGACAAAACGAGCCUCUCCAGCCUCGGUCUAUUUAUGGACAAAGUCCCUGUGUGUUUUUAGCUGUUACUUUCGGCGAGAUUAAGGCGGGUUCUGUGCGUCCUGCCCUUGCGCCAUGGAGAGCCUUUAUAGUCCUCCCUGCCAUCGUUUGACAAGUGAAUCAGUAAAAUGCGUCGCCUUGCUUCAACAGGGUUUUACUGUGUAUUUUGAGGGGUAGCUGGUUUUCUACGUGUCUCUUUUCCGCCCCUUUGACUUAACAGGCAAAGAGGAUAGAUAUUUUUUUUCUGUUACAGAGGAAGAAAAAAAUAAUUCAUCUCCUCCCUCAUUUGGCUUGCUAACUUGACCACAGCUUAAACGAAUACAAGUGUUAAAAUAUAUCUCUCACGUUUAGCACGUCGUUUAGUUUAUAAAACCCGCACUUGCAUGUAUAAGAACGAUUUUUUUGAAGUUGUUUAUCGAGGAGAUGUAAAAGGGCCGAAUUUAUCUGUCAUGCUUUUUUUCUUCGUCCAAAUUGGAUACACGGAUAUUGCUAGCUUUGUAUUGCUAAGUAAGAAAAUGUUUAGAGUUUCGAAUAUAAAUAGCAUACGUAAUAUCUUAUUACUGACCAAUCUUAUCAUUUGUUCGAAUCCAUUCAUUCGUGGACUCUUCGAUCAUUUAGUUUGCGUUUUCUGUUCGUGUUUGUAUGCCGUUAAACUACCAAAUAAACGCGAACGCUCGCGAUCUUGGAUUUCUGCAAAUUCGUUAAGCUGUUUUUAACACGUCGUUGUUUGUUUUGACACAAAAGAGACGACGCAGAAACAUCGAAUGCUGUUCAAACAUGCAAUCACUUAAAACACACACACACACACAGACGACGAGUUUCGUUCCCUCACUAGCCUUUUAACCAUAAGCGUGUUAUAAAACAUUAACAGACGCUUGUGAAACGUAAGUGAACAAUCAAACUGGCCAAACAUGGUCCACCCAUCCCCCACGUCGCUUCCUUUGUCACAUUUCCACACAUGAAUUGUCAAGUUGUUCACAUUCCUAUGGCAACUUUACAAAUAAAUAUGAUGUGAAAUUAAUGUCGAGUAGCAUUAUACCACUGCACAAGUACUCUGUGUCACAAUGUCCUUUGUCUGUCGGCUGUAGCGAGCAGUGGCGCAGUUUCAAUCACCAGCCGCCAUUUUGAAGUCUCUACGGGCUGCAGCAGAGUACAGCCAUUCUUUUUGUCACACAAUUGUCUUGUGUAUUUUUUAACGCAGACAUCAUACCCAAUUUUUUUUUAAUACAAUGUGUAUUGGACAGUUUUACCUUUCUAACGUUACUGUUUAUGUGUUUGGUGGAAUGUCAAACAGUUUAUUACUGGUGUCAUGGAUGAUGAAGACGACCGCCGUCUUCUGGAUUUUAUAGGAGAUGUGCAAGCUUUGAAUGAGUAUCUUCAUGGUUCAAAUAGUAAAUCUAUUGGAGAAGACGAUGUGAAUAAUGCAGCAUUUGGGUCGGCCAGUUCGUUCUUCACUAGUGACACAGGUGGCUCCAACGAAGGACUCAAAGAUGACCACAAUCAUUUGGGAGAAUUUGGGGAGGCUGGUGGAGCUGAGCUUCAGCUCUCAAACAGCCUUCCGUUCAUCGAGGAUGACCUCGACAGUGGAACCUCACAAGAUGGGGUCGAUCUUGGGGGCGAGGACCAACCCUUCGACAUCCUUCAGAAGUCAUUGCUGGAAGCAGAUAUCACAGAGCAGACAUUGGCUCAAGAAGCCCUUUUGGACUCCCAGCCAUCUCUCAUUCCAACAGCUUCCGCUUUCCCUCAGCAGCUGGUCUCUGGAGGGUUUGGAGGUAUCGCAGGUCCUGGUGUGGUGUCACAACCUCAGGCUUUUAUCCAGCAGGUUCCCCAGCUACCUUUGCCAAACGGCCCUGCUGGACACAUCCAGGUAGUGGGAUCCUUCAAUGGCAGUGCCUCCUCCAUGAUGACUAUCAACAGUUUGGAACAGCCUCAGAUCCUUUUGAGGCCGAGCGGAAAUGUUGUAACAAACAACAGUGGACAAGGUACCAUGUUCACCCCUUCCACAGCUAAUCAGGUGUCAAUGUCCUUCAAUAAAGGGACGAUACCAGUUCAGAAUAUUAUCAUCCAGAGAGGCCCUAUGCAACAGACAUUGAUCAGACCCAUUCAGCCUAAACCCUUACAGACAGGGGGACAAACUGUAUACAAUAUCAGCAACAUUGGGCUUCAACCAAGCACCACAACUACUGCGAAUAUAGUCAGUAGUCCCUACACAGCCAGCAGCUCUCCUCAGUCUGCUCAACAGGUGAAAGUGGUCAAUCCUGCCAGCAGCAUUGUAAUGCAUUCACCUCUGGGGCAACAAGCGCAACCACAGUCCCAGUCCAAUCUGCCUCAAGGGCAGUUUUUGCUACCCACUUCUAUUGCUCUCACACCUGGUACUACAGUUCACGGCUUCCAGGCUGUGAAUGGGCAGGUGUUGCAAACAAACACUCAAGUGGCUGACCCGUCGUCAAUGAGCACCACCACUUACUCCAUCCUUACUAAUCAAAACACAACAGUACAGCUUAUUGCUGGGCAGAACUUUUCAACUGGAGGGCAGCUGAUAGUCAAUCAAGGUUUGGUUGCUGGAGGUCAAAUAGGCCAAGCUUCACCAACACCUGUUGUGCAGGUGUCUCAAAGACCUGGUGCCACGGCCAAAGUCUGGACUGCCAGUGCGUCACCUAGCCCAACACCUGUACAGACGUCACAGGCUUCGGGACACCUCACCAUGGUCAGUUCUGGUGUCCAAGGCCCACAGGUUUGUCAACAGUUAUCUGUGACCCCAGGACAGCACCUCCUUAUGCCUGUAGCCCAGAACGUUCCAGCUACUUCUGGCAUUCAGGAGUUCCAAGUUUCUUUAAACCAGGACAACACAGCAGCAACACAAAGAGGGCAAACACAAUUAGUUAAUCUUCUUGGUACCAAAGCUGUGAAAACACUCACUCCUGCCAGUCAGGAAUUGCCUCUCACACCGGAGCGACCUGCAGCUCAACAACUUACUAGAGGAGAAAUGGUCCUCCAGCAGUUAAGACGAGAUCACGUUAAAGUCAUGUCUUCUGAGCGGACGCACUUCACUUCAUUUAAUGAUGUCAUAGACAGAUUACUGCCCUAUCAUGUUUUCCAAGGCUCUCCACCACAAGAUGAAGACUUCACCAAAGUUGAUGAGGAGUUUGAGGCAGUUGCCAUACAAGUGUUAAACAGAACGCAGGCCAUGGUGAACAAAUACAGGCGCUUACUUAUGGUGGAGGCAGAGAGGUCCAGCCCUUCCUCAGAAAUGGUGAUGAUUGACAGGACUUUUAAUCAAGAGGAACGGGGCAACUUGACCCAAGACAAACGUUUGGUACUAGUGGAUCCAGAUGGCUUCCUGGAAGACUUUUGCUGUGGCCCUAAACUGAAGAUCCGAAGUACAGAAGUUUUGACGCCCACCACCCAUGAGGGCAAUCCUAGCAUAAUGAAGACGUCCCCAAAGCAUUCCACAAGUCACACAGGAAGAGAUGAGCAGGAUAUGAACAGCCACACAGAACCUGCUUAUAGGACAGAACCUCAACAACAAGGAAUUGAGGAGCACAGAAGAACUCCCAUCAAGUGCAUCCUGGACCUAAAAAAAAAGAAAUUCAACAACCUAAUCAGCAGCAACAGUCAACAUGCUCACUACCCUACGUCUCCCAGCCAAUCACAGCAUAGCUCCGCCCAAGCAGGCUACCCUUCGAACCUGGGGCAGGGUCAUGAACAUCAGCUUCCCUUGGAUCAUAGUCACGCCCCAUUGGCCGACACUGACUCUGUGCUUGAGGCUGCCGUGAAUAGCAUCUUAGAAUGUUAGACAGUGCCAUAUUCAUGUUUGUUCCAUGUUAAUCUCAUUUCAUGCCAUUUGUGUGCGAGCUAAACGGACGUACAUUGGCAUUAUCACGGGUUUAAAUGCAUACAGCGGCUCUGAUGAUGUCGAGGAACAGGAAGGUGAAUCUGGUGAUGGUGAUACUCUAAUACUGUGCCUGUUGUUCUAGAGAAGUUUACAUGAGACAGCCUUUUUGACAAUGCUUUACAGGAUACACUUGCAACGAAACACACACACACACACACACACACAUCAAUAUAUGCACACACAAUCAAGCAGUAAGUGUGAUGUUUGAAAUGUCAUGAGUAGACAUUGAUAUUUGUAGCUUAUCGGUCAAUAUCAGACACUUAGACUAAUAGUCUGUCUGCACUUAAGGUUGUAUGGUUGUCUCAUCACAUGUUGUAUCGUUGCAGUAGACAUUGACCAAGUGACGCACACAAACACACCUGCGCAUUUAAUAGUUUUUGAGCAUUGGUUGUGCUUUUUUUUUUUGGGUUAACUUUUUUUUUGUACCUUACAGGUAUGUGACCCCUCCACAGAGACAAAACUCACUUGUGUGAUGUUGUGCAGGGGAAAGUUUAGACCUCAGAUUGAGGGUACAAUGUUACAUUAUGUUUAUCUUUCUUUUGUUUGUUUUAAUUCAUUUUUUGAAUUGAUGCAUUAUACAUUUUUUUCUCGUAAAAUCUGUGCUGCUCCUUGCCUGGAGAAAAUAUUAGAUGUUUUGUACCUUAAGUUAGCGUCUCUAUAGCUUGCAUGGGUGAAUCUCAUAAAAACCAAGGAAAUAAAAAAAAUAAGUAAUAUUAUGCAAAAAGAAAUGAAAACUAUUUUAGGAUCAGUAAUAUAUAUAUAUAUAUAUAUAUAUAUAUAUAUAUAUAUAUAUAUAUUUUUUUUUUUUUUUUUUUUUUUGGCAAUCCAGGAAAUUUUUAACCACAAAUUGAUUACUUAAUGUAAAUCAAAUUUUUAUUACUUUUUAAAAAAAUCUUUAAAGCUUUUUUAAUAUAGUUUAUAUUUAGUUUAAAUAAGCAUGAAUUAAAGGCUUUGCAACAAUAUUAUGUGUUGGUAUAUUAUGAUUGAAAUGUUUUUUUUUCUCACAUUAACAUAAUUAUAAUUAAAAUGCAUUUUUGCAUUAAUAAAAAUUGUUUGAAAAUGUGCUUAAUAGUCGUGAAAUAAUAUCAGUGGUCCACAAUAGGCUUGAUUUCUCUGAGCAAAUAUGAUGUUGUAUUUCUUUCCUUUGAUUUUUCUGUGAGAUUCACCCACUUUUCAUUUUCCCCUGUGCGUUGAGUCCCCUGCUGGUCAGGCUGUAGUCUUGGCGGUCGGUUUGCAGUUUUUGCCUCUAGUGGCAGCUUCUAUUUGCACAUGUGGAAAUGACCUUGUACUUCACAAAUAGCCAUGCUCACCACUCUUUACAGCCCCUUAGCAGAUCACUUUUCUUCUAUGAGUUAUCAAGUGGUAAAAGCAGCAGUAGUGCAGUUAAAACAUAUCAGGUUUUCAUUCACUACGAUUAUCUAAUUAGUGGCGUUAGAUGGCUGUUAACUGAAAUAAUGUCGUUUGGUUGGAGUAGGACAGGUCCACAUUUCUAGUUUUGAGAAAUAAUUUCUGAAGCGGAGACUAUUAGCAUUUAGUUGUAUUUUGUAGUUUAGAUCAUAUAUUAACUGUGCCAUUACAAGGCUUGGGAGCUUCAACGGUGGGAAUAAGACCAAGACUAUUAUAAAAACUGACCAGAGUAGAGGCACUGCGAGUGUGUGGACAUUUUCACAAGUCUGUGUUUCCAUUAGCAUCCAUUCCAGAGCCGAAGGGAAGGUUGCUUGUUUCCAUCUAUACACGUCAUCCCAUUGUUUUUGCAUCAUUAACACUAAACUCCACUGUCUUUCCCAGCAACUCAACCAAAAAUGACAGACAGACAGACAAAAAAAGGUGAAAUAUUCUUCUUUCUGAUCUGAGCUCUUGCGGUCAGUGUUGGAGAGCAUUCUGAAAGACCUUCACUUCGAAGGGCUUCUUUGCCUUAGGAGAGAGCGAGUGAAAACUAGUUUAAAUAGUCUAUCAUUUGUUUUUACUGCUUUUUGUUGUGCGAGUGUGGCCUUCAGUUAAUCGCAAAACCCCAUGGUAAAAGUUGCUUUUAUCGGUUUAUUUUCUGCAUCACCCAAAACUUGAUUUGUAAUGUUUGUAUUACAAAAAAUAAAAACAUGAAACACAAAAUA